AACUUGAUUUUCUUCGGAUAGCUACCUUCACGCGCCAACUACAACAAACAGUACGCUAAGAUGUCGACUCUAGCAGAUGAAUUAUUACAGGAUUUCGAGGAUUCCGGGUCCGAAGGUGAAGAGGAGGAUAAUGCCCAUCUUUUCGCUGAUCCUGAAGAGGUUGCGCUUAGCAUGAAUGGGAACGCAACAGGACUUUCAGGCGCAAGUGAAAUGGAGCUCGAUGGUGAUGAGGAAGCAGUUGAUGAAGAUGAUGAGAUGGUAGGAAUGGCCAGUGGUGCUAUUGAUGUUACAGAGGAUGAAGAAGCAACCAAAGCAAAGGUUGAAAAGAUGCAACUUGGUGGAGUAGAUGAUGUGCGCAGUGUUGCAGGUUUAAUGAAAACCUUGGAACCAGUUUUAGAGGUCAGUACCAUUUCAUUCUUCCCUCCUUCCAAACUUGGAGACCUAUGGUUUACAUCUACUCGUUCUUGUCCUAGCCCUGACUCUCCUCGACUUGACAGAAAAUCGCACAUUUUCAAUCAUUGCCUCCUGAAAAACAAACAACUUUCGUCGGCUCGGUCGAAGACAAUCCAGAAUAUCAUUUAUUAACGCAAGCAAAUACUCUAUCGACAUCCAUUGAUAGCGAAAUCAUCCUAGUACAUAAAUUUAUACGAGAUCAUUAUUCAAUUCGAUUUCCAGAGUUAGAAACCUUGGUCACCAACCCUUUGGAUUAUGCCAAAGUCGUCACUAUUAUUGGAAAUGGACCUAUGGAUUCGGAAAAUAUCAAGGCACUUCAAACAUCAAAGGAUAACCGGCUUGGUGCUACAUUAAGAUCUGUUCUGGAUGGACCAUCCGUUAUGAUUGUCACGGUCGAAGCAACCACCACAAAGGGUCGAGAAAUGUCACCGCAUGAACUCGAAAGGGUACUACGUGCUUGUGAUAUGACACUCGCACUCGACAGAGCAAAGAAGACAUUAACUGAUUAUGUACAAUCACGCAUGAACUUGUUCGCUCCAAAUCUUACAGCCCUUAUUGGAUCCCUCACAGCGGCACAACUACUCAACUUCGCGGGAGGUUUAACAGGUCUAGCCAAAACACCUGCCUGCAACCUUCCUCCCCUAGGCUCCAACAAAUCAUCUGGAACUGGUUUCGCCACCAAUGUUGGAGUCCGUCAGCAAGGGUUCCUUUAUCACUCUCCUAUUAUUCAAGGCAUUUCUAAUGACCUCAAAAAACAGGCUAUGCGCAUCGUCUCUGCCAAAGUUGUUCUAGCCGCAAGAGUUGAUCGAGUUCAUAACAGUCCAGAUGGAUCUACUGGUGAAGAAUUGAAAGAACAAUGUAUAACUAGACUCGAAAAGCUUACUGAGCCACCUCCGAAUAAAGGUGCUCGUGCAUUACCGGCUCCAGAUGAUAAACCCGCACGCAAACGUGGUGGUCGACGUGCUCGACUAGCCAAGGCCGCAACUGCUAUGACUGAUUUGAGGAAAGCACAAAACAGAAUGGCUUUCGGAAAGGAAGAGAAGGAAGUCGGUUAUGGUACUGGUGAUGGAACUAAGGGUAUGGGUAUGAUUGGACAAGGCAACGACGGACGUAUCCGAAAUAUUCAAAUUGAUCAACGUACAAAAGCCAAGCUAUCAGCUAAGAACAAAGGUUGGGGUACUUCAACGCCUAUGAGUGGUUCUGCCUCCUCACUUCGUGGAUUUGGUCAAUCGGCUGGCAAUAUAGAUUUACGAGGUAAAGGUUUAAGAGCAUCUGGUGUUGGAGGAUUAAGUACUAGUACAGGAGCUAGUGCAGGAACUGCUAGUAGUUUGGCAUUCACGCCGGUUCAGGGAUUAGAGCUGGUAGAUCCAAAGAGAGUAGCGGAAAUGAAGAGAAAGAGGGCUGCCGAGGAAGAUAAAUGGUUUAAGGGUGGAACUUUUACUCAAGUUGGUAAUGGUGGUGCUGGUGGGAGUAUGGGACCACCUCCUCCGAAGAAAGUCGAUUCUGGGGCUGGAAAAAUGGGUCCACCUGCGUUGCCGAAGAAAGCUUGAAGAAUGUGAUCUGAAGUUGUAAGAUGGAAACGGGAGUUCAUGGGAAAAGGCAUUUUAUGGCGUUUUUCGGCGGAUAGGCGUUUUACAAUACCAUAACAAGCAAAGCAUUCGCAUGGCUGAUGACUUAGCAAGAACUAAAUAAUGUAAGAUGUCCAAGAUCAUGAAAUAAUUCCUGAACUGAUUUGAACCCAUAUUUUCACUUGUGGAUUUUACACUAUUUAUUUGUUCGU